AUGUCACUGCCUGGGACAUUCAAGAAACUUUUCGCUGUAGCUGGCGGAGCAACAGCAGCUUUUUUAGCUGUGACAUAUACUGGGGAGCUUUACAAAAUGAAUUACCAGAUUGAUGAGACAGAUGUCUUUGCUAUUCAGAGGGUCAAUGCAGCUUACGCAGAACUUCAAAAGGAUAGGAAUUGUAAUUCGCUGCUAAAGAAAUACCUGACACCUACAAUUCUAAAAAAAUUGGAAAAUAAAAAGACGAAACUGGGUGUUUCGCUUUACGACAUAAUUCGUUCUGGUUUGCACAACCAUGGCUUGGCGAUUGGUGUUUAUGCAGCGGAUCCUGAAUCUUACCAGAAAUUCGCUGUUCUCUUCGAUAAAAUUCUAGAAGAUUACCAUGCAUUCAAACCAGGAGAUAAACAACCGGCAGUUGAUUUUGGCGAAGAAAGAUUGGGCGAACUCUCACUUCUUGAUCCUGCUGGGAAAUAUGUUAAGUCAGUAAGGAUUCGUUGUGCUCGUUCCAUUGCUGGUUAUCCGUUCAACCCACUUUUGAGUGCAGAUGAUUAUAUAAUUUUAGAACAGAAGGUGAAAAAUGCAUUGCUGCAAAUCGAAGAACCUGAACUACGUGGGAUCUAUUAUUCACUGGAUGGAAUACCGAAAAAAACGAAGGAUCAUCUUUACAGUAAACAGCUCCUAUUUAACAACAAUAAUUCUUUAUUGAAACAUGCCAAUGCCUAUAAUGCUUGGCCAGAGGGACGUGGAAUCUUCUACAACAGCGAUAAAUCUUUUUUGGUUUGGGUUAACGAAGAAGACCAUGUUAGUAUGAUUUCUGUUGAAGAAGGAAGUGAUAUUGGCAAGGCUUUUGCUCGUUUAAUACGAGGUUUGAAGGCAUUGGAACAAAAGCUAACAUUCGCUGAAGAUAAUCGACUUGGCUGGUUAACAUCAAAUCCUAGCAAUCUUGGUUCUGCAGUUAGUGCUUCAGUACAAAUAUGUUUGCCGAAAUUGAGCAAAAAAUCCGACUUAAUGGAAAUAUGUGAAAAGCUGAAUUUGCGCGUUGUUUCAGUAGACAUUACUUCGUCUGAAGUGCCGAAUAAAUACUAUCUUAUAUCAAACAAGAAAACCCUUGGAGUAACGCAGUAUGAAGCAGUUAAACAAAUGUACGAUGGUAUAAAAGAAUUGAUUCGAAUGGAGGAGCAUUCAUAA